AUGGCGGGGAGGGAGAGAGAGUGACAUUUUCCUCUCGAAAAAAAUCCUCUUCACAAAAUGGUCAUCGAAAUGAUCCUCGCCGCGUUUUUAGGCUGUUACGUCGUCUCCUCCUUGAUCCUCUUCAAGUUCCCGAUGCUGUUGCACAAGAAGAAGGACGUGAAAUUCGUGUGUAGGCAUAUAAGUCACAGAGGAGGUGCAGGGGAAAAUUAUGAGAACACCAUAUCAGCCUUUAGACAUGCGGUGGAGGUCGGCACAGACAUGCUGGAGCUUGACUGCCAGCUAACCCUAGAUGGCCAGGUGGUAGUAUCACAUGACUCCAUCCUCGACGUCCGCACAGAAUCAAAAGGGGCCAUUUCAGAGUACAAAUACGAGGAGCUCCCCCUCAUCCGCGAGCAGGUGCCCAUCGACUUCAUGCCAGGCACAACCUUCAGUGGCAAGAGCGACGACCGGAGGUUCCCCUUGCUCGAGGAGACGUUCCAGCUCUUCCCCAACCUGCCUAUCAAUAUCGACAUCAAGACCAACAACAAUGAGCUCAUCUCCAAAGUAAGCAACCUAGUGAAGAAAUACAACCGAGAACACAUCACAGUCUGGGGGAACAUGAAGGACGAAGUAACACAAAAGUGCUAUAAGGAGAACCCCAACAUGUGCCUGCUGUUUAGUGCCCAGCGGGUGUGCCUGAUGCUGCUCCAGUUGUACACGGGACUCCUGCCGUUCAUGCCCCUCAAGGAGACACACCUCGAGGUUUUCAUGCCAGUACAAAUGAUGAGGAUAUACAGCAAGAACUUUGGUGAGAAAUGGUGGUACUCAGUUAUCGCUAAGAUGGCCAACGCUCUACUCAUCAGGCGAUCUUUGUUUGAGCACCUAUCAAAGCGAGGCAUUCAGACCUACCUCUGGGUCAUGAACUCAGAAGAAGAUUUCCGCAGUGCCUUCGAAGCGGGAGCGACUGGCGUCAUGACUGACUACCCAACCAAGCUGAGAGCCUUCCUCGACUCAAACCCACAGUACACGCAAGAUCACAAACUCAGUUAAGUUCAUCCGUCUGAAGAUUAGGAGAGAGAGGAGGACAGAGGUUCACACAAGCCGACCAUUAUUAUCAACAAGGGAGGAGGGGCAUGUGAGGUGUUCUUGUGGCCAGCGCUCCCAACCCCCUUUGUGCAGUAUAACAAGUGGCUGUUUAAAAAGAGAAAAAAGGAAAAAAAAGAAUCGCAGUGAAAUCAUUCAGGGUAAAAAAAAAAUGUGCACAUAAACAUUACAUGAAGAAUGUAUAAGACAAUUACUCGCCCAUCCUAACCCCAGCAAUGUAAAUAUGGCAUGAAACUUUCACUUGUAACAAUCGGAUUGCGAGCUAUAGACCGAAAUUACAUGGUUGCUACUAAGGAGAUUAGAAAAACGGUUGUUCUCUCUUUACUUUUCUUAAUUCGUUACUCUAACUAUGAAGGUCUUUUGUUGUUGUCGUUUUCUUUCCUUUUUUGCCCACAGUCUCAGGAAGGCUUUAGUUUCUCGUGCAUUUACAUGCUGUGCAGUUUCUUCUGAGUUCUCUCCUUAAACCACUUUGUCUGCUGCAUUUGUGCUUCAUAAUCAUACACUUUAGGCAAUUUAAAGUGGGAAACAGUAAUUUGCAAGGCCAGAUAUUACAGAAGACAUCUGAAAGCAAAUCAUACCUGUAAUAACUAUGAUAUAAUUCUACUUGACUUUUCAUUUAUUUAUAUAUAUUUUUAUAUAUAUUUGCCAUUGUAGACGCAAUAUUUCAUGUACAAGACCAACAGAUAAUCCCAAGAGUUCUACAGUUAUUAACUAAUGAUGCUGAUAAUGUUGCAUAACAGUGUCAUCAUCUUUUGAGAGCAAGAUCAAGAAGAGAAGAAAUUCAUGAUCAGGAUCCGUACUCCUGAAGCAGCUGCUCAAACUAGCUUCCACCGAGAAGGUAACCAAGGUGCAAAAGAUUGUUUAAGAGUUCUUUUCCUUAUUAGAUGAAUGAUGAAAAAUAAACAAAAUGAUGAAAAAAGAGAGAGAUAAAAAGAAAAAGUGCUUCUGUAUAUUGAAGUCUUAUUAUUAUUAUUAUAAUUAUUAUUAUUAUUAUUAUAAUUAUUAUUAGUUUUUGAUUAUGUCUAUGUGUGUUUUAUCACUGUUAUUACUUAUUUUUAAAAUUUCUAGUGAUGUUGGCCUUGUGAUAACUUCACCAUACGCUUUUAUGAGGUGGGAGGAGUCUGCAUGCAAUAUCCGCCACUUAACGCAUACCAUGAGAUUAAGAAGGGCUGGCUACCAGUGCAUUGAGGAUGGCUUGCAACUAAUGGUGGCUUUUUGUAGAUAGAAUCGUUGCAAGGUCAUGCCAAAAUUGAUAUGACUUGACACUUACUCAUAAGUAAUUCUUAUGUUUUUUUUUCCUUUUAGUUUUUUUAACCCAAUAACUGUGGAAUCAGAUUUUUUUUUUGGCUCUUUUCAGGGCAAAUUGGAGAGGCAGUAGGAAGCCUCUUACACUAUCAUGGGGGGGGGCAGUGGUCUUCCUCAUGUAACGACUUUCUUUCGGCUUUUU